CAGUCCCUUUGGCAUCAGGGAACAGAGCGAUCAAUGCAACAGCCACGUUGUAUAACUGCAUCCAGUCAGAGAGAGCUCACCGAACACAGGGAGCUAAUUUUGGAGGCAGGCGGCAUUCAAGCGGCCACCUGCUCGUGUCUCUCACUGAGCUGCUGCAGACUGUGGCGGUGAAGAGACAGUGGACGCAGACAGCAGCAGCAGCAGCAGCAGCAGUGUUGGGGUCUGCUGGAGGAGCAGCUCUGUGUCUGGGGAGAAUGUCAGGGAGCAGCCAGCGACAGGACCUGGUGCUCAUUAAAGAGCUUGAGCUCAUCUUGGAUUCCAGCUCCCUUGAGCUCACACCAGUGGAUGAAGUCUGGCCCAACCUGUACAUAGGAAAUGUGGCCGUAGCACAGAACAGAAAGACAUUACAUAAGCUUGGAAUCACUCAUGUCCUGAACGCAGCGCACUCCAAGCAGGGCAGCAUCGGCGACCAGAGCUUUUAUGGGAACACCUGCGUUUACUUUGGGAUCCCAGCAGAGGAUUCGGACCACUUUGAUCUCAGUCAGUACUUCAAAGCAGCAGCUGACUUCAUACAUAAAGGCCUGAAGAGCAAAGAUGGUAAGGUGCUGGUGCACUGCAUCAUGGGUGUAAGUCGAUCGGCCACUCUGGUGCUGGCCUACUUGAUGCUGCGGCAGCGUCUCUCCCUGAGAGAUGCUCUGAAGGGCGUUGUCCAAAAACGAGCCAUUUACCCCAACCGGAAUUUCCUGUCUCUCCUCCUGAAGCUGGAUGAACGGCUGGCGCUCAGACGGAGGUUCUGUCCUCUUCUCUGAUGUCCCUCGCUCUCGUUUAUCACCUCCAUCAUCACAUUAUUCACCUCUCUCUCUCUAUUCUCCACUCUGAUCAGUAUGGGAAAUAUCUGUAAAUAAGGAUUUGCUAUCAGAAUGUGUAUGGUGUAGUAAGAGGCGUGAUCCCUGAGGCCGUCUAGCUUUUAACUUCUGGGAACAGCAGCGAUGUCCACAUGUAUUGAAAUGUUGUAAAUAUCAAAGUCCAGUGUUGUUUUUCUCUGCAGUUUGUUUUUCAUAUUCAAACUGUAUUCAAAUGUUUCCUGCCAGUGUCCACAAGCUUUGUAAAUACAUUUUUUUAUGACUCCUUU